UUGCUAUUCCAGGAAGUGAGUCCUAUGACAACAAUCCUGUGACAGCGUUGUGUGUUUGGACUCGAGAAACAUAUUGUGCUGAAAACCGAGCAAAAUGGAUUGAUUGUGUGAUCACAAGAAGAGCAUGGAGAAUGAUGAAUUUCCGUCAGCGGAUGGGGUGGAUAGGCGUCGGACUGUACUUGUUGGCCAGUGUGGCUGCAGUGUAUUACAUAUUUGAGAUCAGCCAAACAUACAACCGACUUGCACUGGCACAAGUAGAAAAGGCGGCCGGAGCACAGACGAAAUGGUCGGGAGAUGCAUCUUCCUCUUCCCCAUCUUCAACCUCAUGGAUGGUGACUCUGAAAACGAGACUUCUCCUCCUGCCCUUCUGGGUGUGGGCCACCAUUUUCCUCAUUCCCUACCUCCAGGUGUUUCUCUUUCUGUACUCCUGCACAAGGGCGGACCCCAAGACUGUAGGAUACUGCAUUCUGCCCAUCUGCCUUGCUGUUCUCUGCAACCGUCACCAAACCUUCGCCAAGGCCUCCAAUCAGAUCAGCAGACUGCAGCUGAUUGACACUUGAAGUGAUGAGAGGUCCUAUGCUGGUGCCAUACAGUUGGGUGUCUUAGGGGUUGAGUAAUACAAAAGUGCAUUCAUAAAUAAGUUUAUUUUUUAAAACUUGGUCCUUUGGAUGGAGGAAUUAAAAGGGGAACAUGUUUAGGAUUCUUUUUCUUGAGUGUUUUUCUUUAACAGCUAAUUGUUUGAGUCACUUGCAGUUCCACACCAG